CUGAAGCCGGUGUUCUUUCAUGAAUGGCAGCUAUUUUGUCAUGCAAAUACAUGCAGUUUUCAUUGCGAAACCCUGGGUACAACAGAAAUAUUAUUCGUGAGUGUAGGAAUUGAUUAAUGGCGUGAGUUCUCGKUGAAAAAAACACUCAAGUUUCUUGAUAAUUGUUAGAUUUGGCGCUAGACUGUGCUUUAAAAUGGCAGGUUGUGAAGAAAGCUUUGGAUUUUAUUUUAUUUUCGUUUUACUGACGUAUCUGUUAUGGAUGGACCUAAGCUUCUUUGAUGAAUUAGCUGUGUAUGGAUCUUCCUACAAUGCUACAACAGCAUCGAAGAUGAUGUUCCCAGUUAAAAGUGUUAAACUUCGAAUGACGGAACAUAUCGACCAUUACAUCAAUUUGCCACUGAUGGAAGUAACAAACGAAAAGCUUGGGAUCUCAAACAUUCCUGGUGUUACACCAAAUGUGAUCAGUGGAUUACAUUUUUUCUGUGCCAUUAUUGCUUGUAAAUUCAUUGUUUCUGAUCGCCUAACACUGCGAAGGGUAGGCUGUGUUUUAUAUGAAUUGAGGAACGCGCUUGACUUACUGGACGGGGUUGUUUACCGAGCACAGGCUCAUAAAAAACAGUUCGUCUCUGGUUGGGGCUCAUCUGGUUAUCUUGUGGACGCCGCCAUGGAUUUCGCCGGUGGAUUUUUGUUGGGUUUUUCUAUCGGGGUGUUUUUACAAAGAUAUCCUCCGAUGAGAAGAGUUCGACAUAAGAAGGACAUCGAAGCGGGYAAAAGCCUUAUCACGGAUCACUACUCCGGCAAGAACGAGAAAACGUCUUACUCAUUCGUACAUAUAGAUCGUAGAACCAUCAAUUUUGUGACAUUUAUGGCAGUCGUUCAAACAGUCGCAAGAAGUGGGUUUUGGGACUAUUACGUGCGUUCAUAUCACGAACUUCUUGAGGUUCCCAGCGCACAAUACAGCAAGGAGUUGCAAUCAGAAGUCCUUAAUUAUAGAAGUACAUGGAUAGUUAUGUGGCUGUGGAAGAUAUCCAGCGCGGAUGCAUUUUUUGAGUUCACAAUAUUAGCCAUAUUAUUUGAUAAAAUCUGGGUUUGGUUGCGUUCAGUUUUCUAUAUUGGAUUUUUCCAAUUUGCUGCUGUGCUGGUACUUUCACAACUGCACUUAAUGGAGGUACGACGAUACAUGAAUGGAGGAUAAAAACAUACAAUUAUGACGACUUGUAUUGAUGAUAAAUCAUAAAGAAGGAGCAUAGAAAGACCCAAAGGAAAGACGCACUACAAAGGACUUCAAACUAAGUGAAUACAGCUCCCAGGGAGUUGGUAUGGUUGAAGGUAUAUCAGUACACUUUUCAAGUGAAAUAUACCUUAUCAUCCAAGUAUAAAAAAAUCGUAAUCAAUUACAUGAUAGUAUUGGUUUUCACAACAUCUGAUCCAAAGACAAUAGUUAUCACACUAAUAGGAAUUAUAGUUUGGAACCAAGUAUACAGGGGAAAGUACUAGAUGYAAGYCAAGACAUGCUCUUAAAAUCUUCAAUCUGGGCUGCAUUGACUUGCRYGACUAGUAGGGCAAUCUCUAUUCCUUGACUGAAUAGAGCUACAAUUUAAAGGGUUUAACUGUAAAUAGAACAAUAUUGUUGUUGUGAUUAGAACCAAUAAUAAAAACCAGGAGUAGGGAAGGGAAAUAUUUCAUUAAUAUGUUAGGCAUCUGUUUUUGUUUUCACGGUAAAUGUUGCUUCUUUAUGAAUUUUAUGUUGUGGAGUUUUUUUUAAUUAGUGAAAAUUUGUAAGAUUUCUCCGCAUUGACUUAAACAAUUUUUGUUUUAAAACCCUUCUCAAUGGCCUUGCGUAAUACACYGAAAAGACAAAGAAAAAAUAUUAACAGUGGGGUUUGUGUGAGGUCAACAUUAAAUAUAAUAAGCUCUUGUAAUGACUAGAAAAAAGAAAUAAAAAAGAAACAUUUGGUUGGGAAGGUAUAGAUUAAGGACAAAGCAUCACACAUGCCUUUCUAAAUGAAAUAUGAAUUAUUAUUUGGCAAUGUUUUAUUGCCAUUAAGUGGAAAUUAAUGAAAGAAAAAUUCUGGUAUAGUUACGUUAUAAAAUGGUGAAUAGAAAUAUAAUGUACUUAAAUCAAUGAUAAAUACAAUGAAAUUAAAGAUAUGUUUGAUAAUGGU